AUGGCCGAGGGGCCAACUGGCGACGCCCGGCGUGCGUCCAUGUACGAUCCAGCCCGGGACAUUUUUGCAAAGGAGCAGGAACAUGACGGCUCGGCAGAACGCGACAACUCUACCGGCCUGGACAUUACUGCUGCACAAACCACCGAAAGCUCGCAUCCUGCUCGUUCCACGACGACCAGCAACGCUCCACUCCCAACGGCACUAGUAGUCGAAAGCAAGACUGCAGUGGCUCCCAAGCAAAACGAAGCUUUUCUCGAAGAACAGCAUUCUUCUGUCACUGAGAAUUCUUCCGCUUCGAAACGUACCCAAGACCCCUCGCUUUCCAUUUCUCCUCAUUCCUCAAACCGACCUUUACAAAAGACUGUCUCAAUGGCUGAUCAGACGCACCCGCCCCAGUCAGUUCAAAAUGAGACACGCGGUCAUAACGGUUCGGCUGCAGCGGAGCCAGGGCAAUCCUCGCCGGCUGCAAAAAGAAAAAUCGCGGAAGAUGAGCCGGGCGUAGAUGCGACGAGCCGGAAUGCUAGGCAGCAGCAGCCUUCGAAACGCAGACGCCGUGAAGAGCGACCUCAGAGGGCGCCGAAGCGUGAAGCUCCCUCAGCCUAUUCCCGAAGAGAUCGUUCCCCAAAAUCUCAUCAGCAUAGGGAUUCGCGAGAUUCUCGCUCCGCAUCUCCAGGAAGAAGAGCAGCCGACCUCCGGAGAUCUCGCUCACCGUUGCCUCGCGAACGAUCAGUGACGCCCGAAGCCGAAGCUCGCCAGAGAAAACGACCCGGUGGCGGAGCACGACUUGGAACUACUGGGAAAGAUGUGCUACGGCGACGGCAGGAAGAGCGAGAACUCGCUCAACAACGAGAAGUCGAACGAGAUCUACGAGACCGCGGUGUUUCCGAUGUUGUUCGUCAACACUACAAUGCCGUUCCUGAGCGCGGACGAGAAUGGAGAAAGACGGAUAGCAAGAUAAAGGGGCUUCGAAGUUUCAAUAACUGGAUCAAAAGCACUGUGAUACAAAAAUUUUCACCCGAUGAAGAAUUUUUAGCCAGCAAGACGGGGAGCAAAGAGUGGGCUCCUGAAGCCGGGGGUCCUCCUACUGAAAGAAAGAAGCUCCUGGUAGUCGAUUUGGGCUGUGGUAAAGGAGGCGAUCUCGGCAAGUGGCAGCAGGCCCCUCAGCCAGUCGACCUCUACGUUGGAUUGGACCCCGCCGAAAUAUCUAUUGACCAGGCCCGAGGCCGCUACAAUGAUAUGAGAAAUAAUCGCAACCAGAGAAACCGACGCGGCAAUCCUCUCUUUCAUGCGGAGUUCUAUCCCAAGGACUGCUUUGGCGAAUGGCUAGGUGAUUUGCGUAUCAUACAAGAAGUGGGCAUUGACGCCAAUGUCGGCCCUAACUCCAACCUUAUGAAUGCACGAUGGGGUGGUGGUGGGUUCGACGUCGUUGUCAGCAUGUUUACGAUGCAUUACGCCUUUGAGUCUGAGGAAAAGGCGCGACAGAUGCUGCACAAUGUAUCCGGUGCCCUCAAAAAGGGUGGACGAUUCAUAGGCGUUGGGCCGAACUCAGACGUGAUUAGUGCGAAAGUGGCUGAGUUCCAUAAAAAUCGCAAAGCACAAAAGGAAAACAUUUCCAAAGGAAAUGGGGAUGCCCCAGAGGAUGGGGAGGUGGAAGAUGACCAGAGUCCAGAAUGGGGCAAUGGCAUCUAUCGUGUACGAUUUCCUGGCAAGACUCCUGAUGAUGGGGUAUUCCGUCCACCAUUUGGCUGGAAGUAUAGCUAUUUUAUGCAGGAGGCAGUUGAAGAGAUUCCUGAAUACGUCGUGCCAUGGGAGGCCUUCCGAUACCUCACUACAGAGUACAACCUCGAACUCAUAUACCGUCGGCCAUUCCUAGAGAUCUGGGACGAAGAAAAAGAUGAUCCAGAACUCGGGCCGUUAAGUGAACGUAUGGGCGUACGUGGUCGCGGAGGCGGACAACUUCUUGUCAGCGACGAAGAACUCGAGGCAGCUAGUUUCUACCAUGCUUUCGUCUUCCAGAAAAUCUAG